CUGGACAUCUCGAUGCAUGACACCACCGGUACAUACUACGUAUGCUAUGAACCGAACAUGGGAAGGCCCCGUAUUAAAUCGUCUUCACUGCAAGACGAUGAUGGACGCCGCGAGUAUUCAUAAAAGGUCCAAGCGUAUGUCGACAGCGAGAUAGACUACCCACCGCGCUGAGUCCACCUAAUAUGAACCCUUACUACAACUCUUCGCAACCCGGAGGCCAAGAUGGCCAGCACCGGCACUCGUUGUCCUCCACAACCGACAUGUCCGCACAUUACCAGCAGCCCCACGGGGCAGGCUACCCAGCUUCCGCAUUGCCGCAACCCAUCGCCUAUGCCCAUCCAUCCUCGCAGUACGCGGCGUACCCGCCGGCGACCACCAGCCACAUGUCAGCCGCCCAGCCUGGCGAUCCUCGAGGCGAAUAUGGCGGACAAGCGUUGCGGAAUCUUCCGUUUACGAACGCCCACCAUGCCGGGAUGCAACAGCCGCAAUUGCAGGCGAACGCCGCAUACGCAGGCAUGGUGCCACCUGCCAGAGCCUCGUAUCCUCCUCACUUCGCCGCAGCGAACGCCCAGGCGGGAUAUCACCAUGGCUCGGCGCAUCAUGCCCAGGCUGCCCAUCACGACACUCGAUACAUCCCCACCCCUGCGCAGACGAUGCAGACUUACCAGACGCAGCAUCCCUCCCGCUCCGCGCUUACUCCACCGAAAUCCUCCCCCUCCCCCGGCGUCGAGAGGUACGCAUGCGACAAGUGCGACCGCACAUUCUCUCGUCCGCACGAUCGCAAGCGGCACUACGAGAGUCAGCAUUUGCAGACGUCGCAUAGCUGCCAAUACUGCCGGAAGGAGUUCAGUCGCGCCGAUUCGCUGAAGCGGCAUCUCGACAAUGGGUGCGACAAGAUGCCCAUGUGAACCGGAUGUCCGGCGACUUGACGGUUGGUAUCUGCCCGUAGCAUGUAGCCUAUAUCCUAUUUUAGCGUAAACCCGACGUGUAUUAGCUGUCUUGUAUCUUGGAACACUCAUUCCACGUCUGUAUCACCGCGGCCGACCCCACUGUACUCCAUCGCAACCGAAUAGAUCUCCUAGGCCUCACGAGGCGCUUGCGAUCCUAUUGCCGAUUAGAGUGAGCACCGGU